AUGAGUACAAUUAGAUGCAUUUUGUCUGUGGCUGCUAAAAGGCAUUGGGACAUUUCUCAAUUUGAUGUUAAAAAUACUUUCUUGCAAGGAGAUUUGCAAGAAGAAGUGUAUAUGAAGUUUCCACCUGGUGCUCUUAAUUUCAAAGGUUACAGUACUUCUCUUAAUGACUAUUUUCUAUUUUUCAAAAAGAGUGGUUCUUUGAUAUCUACUGUAGCUGUCUACGUCGAUGAUAUCCUCAUUACAGGUAUUGACACCAAAGAGAUUAAGUGUCUCAAACAGUUUCUUCAUUCUGAAUUCAAAAUCAAAGACCUAGGACUUCUACAUUACUUUCUGGGAAUGAAAAUUUUAAGGGAAGAUCAUGGAAUUAUCAUCAGUCAAAGGAAAUAUACCUUUGAUUUGCUUCAAGAGUUUGACAUUUCUCAUCUGCAUCCUGUAUCAUCUCCGAUGGAUCCUUCUUGUAAACUUUCUGAAUCAUCAGGAACACCCAUGUCAGAUCCUUCUGUUUACGGGCAUUUGAUUGCAGCUUUAAAGGUUCUGCGUUACCUGAAAGGACAUUCUUAUCGAGGGAUCUUCUUAUCCGCCUCUCCAUCUUUCUCCCUCAAUGUAUUUUGCUAUGCGGAUUUGGCGUCUUUUCCAGAUUCUCAUCGAUCGAUCAGUGGGUUUUUCAUCUUUAUGGGAGUUCCACCGAAUUUGCUGAUACCCGUUCGUUCUGACAGUCAAACAACGAUUCAUAUCGCAAGAAAUCUCGUAUUUCACGAAUGCACAAAACAUGUGGAGCUAGUUUGUCAUUUCGUUCGGCAACAAUUUCUUUCCGGGCUCAUUUCUCUUCACAAUCUCCCUUCAAACGAUCAACUUGCCGACAUAUUCACAAAGUCCCUUUCUGGACCAUUGCACCACCGUCUUCUUGCCAAGAUGGGACUCACUUCGAUCCCCUCCAUCUUGAGGGGGGAUAUUGAGAAUAAAGGAAGAGCGUCAUUCGAUCCAAACAAGAAAGAUUCAUUUUGUAGAAACAUGGAAAAAAUAGUUUUGAGGUGGUUUGCAAUUAUUUUCCAAUUUUUAUUGCUUGUCAAUGGUUCAAGGGUGCACCAUGCUAGGAAUACUUCAGCCAAUGAAAGUCGAAAGCUACAACAAGUUUCUCAUCCAGUCACAAUGACUAUCACAAGUAGCCAAGUAUUGGGAUACUAUGUGGAGCGGCUAUUUGGAUCAAAAUUUAUUGUGAUCAUACAAAAUAAAAACAUGGUUGAAGUUUCUUUCAAAAAAAUAUAUGAUCCUAAGAAUCCUAACAGUCCUCCUCUAAACGUUGACAAAAGGUACGUGGUGCUACGUAGGAGUUCUGGAUUUUAUUCAUAUGGAAUAUUUGAACAUUUAAAAGGAUGGCCAGAUCCAAGUUUGGGUGAUGCUAGAAUUGCUAUUAAACUCAGCAAGUCUCUGUUUAAUUUUAUGGCAAUAGCAGACGAUAGGCAAAGGCAAAUGCCAACAGAAGAGGAUCGUAUAAAUGGCCAAGUACUUGAUUAUGUAGAAGCUGUUAAACUUACAAAUCCAUCCAACCCUAGAUUCAAAGACGAGGUUGAUGACAAGUAUCAAUAUUCAGAUGAAAUGAGAAAUAUUAAAGUACAUGGUUGGAUAAGUGAUAAACCACACAUGGGGUUUUGGGUAAUUUCACCAAGUUAUGAAUAUUGCAAUGGUGGACCUGUGAAGCAAGAUCUUACUUCUCAUGUUGGUCCAACAUCACUGGCUAUAUUUUUCAGAGGACAUUAUGCAGGGCCAGAUUUAGGAGUUUCAUUAACAAAUGGAGAGGGAUGGACUAAAGUUUUUGGGCCUGUAUUUUUCUAUGUUAAUUCUGAUUCUAGCAAUGAUCAUAUCAUACUUUGGGAAGAUGCUAAAAGAAAGAUGAAUGAAGAAACAAACAAAUGGCCCUAUAAUUUCCCUGCAUCACCAGAAUAUCUUCAUGCAGAUCAACGUGGCUCAGUUAGUGGUCAAUUAUUGGUUAAUGACUGGUACAUAAACAAAGAUGCUUUUCCUGCAAAAAGUACAUAUAUUGGACUUGCCAACCCUGGGGAUGUUGGAUCUUGGCAAAGUGAUACCAAGGGUUAUCAAUUUUGGAUUCAAACUGAUGAAUUGGGUAACUUCAUGAUAAAUAACGUUAGACCUGGAAUUUAUGGAUUAUAUUCUUGGGUUCCUGGAGUUCUGGGAGAAUACAAGUUCUCUUCUUAUGUUGAAGUUACACCAGGAAGUGAAACAGCUUUGGGUCAAAUUAUUUUUGAAGCAAUAAGAAAUGGUCCACCUUUAUGGGAAAUUGGAUUUCCAGAUAGAAGUGCUGCUGAAUUUUUUAUACCUGAUCCAUUGCCUGGAUUUGAAAAUCAUUUGUACACUAACACUACUGUACAUAAGUUCAGACAAUAUGGUUUAUGGGAUCGUUACAGUGAUUUAUAUCCUAACGGAGACUUAAUAUACAAAGUUGGUGUUAGUGAUUUUCGAAAAGAUUGGUUCUUUGCCCAUGUAAACAGAAAUAAAGACAAGAGUUAUUCACCAACAACAUGGCAAAUUUCAUUUGAUCUUAAAAGUGUGGAUAGUGCAACUUAUUAUCUUCAUAUAGCUUUGGCUUCUGCAUCUUAUGCCCAUUUGCAAGUGUGGAUAAAUAAUCCAUCAAGACAAAGGCCAUGGUUUGAUUCAUCACAAAUUGGGAAGAGUAAUGCAAUAGCAAGACAUGGAAUUCAUGGAUUAUAUACACUUUUCAAUAUUGAAUUUCCAGGGACACAACUUCAUAUUGGUGAAAAUAUAAUUUAUUUGAAGCAAGCAUCAGUUAAUGGCCCUUUUAAUGGAUUCAUGUAUGAUUAUAUUCGUCUCGAAGGCUCUUUACCAUGA